AUUACUUCACUCCUGGGGUGGGGUCAGUCCAUUCUCCUCCCCCUUGUUCCAACCCACACGGGUCAAAAUCUCCAUCACUUUGAUAGUCCUUUGCUCUUUGACUUAGUUCCCCGUAGCGUGCAGUUUACUGUCCGUGCUGUUGUUGUCCAACAGCGGAAAGACAUUAAAGGCUCAUGGCACUCAGCGUCGUGUUGGAUGGUCCGGCCCCCUGGGGGUUUCGCCUGACAGGAGGAAAGGACUUUAACCAGCCCCUGACCAUCUCCAGGGUCACCCCCGGCAGUAAAGCCGCUGUAGCCAACUUGUGUGCCGGUGACGUCAUCCUGGCCAUCGAGGGAGUCCCAGCCACAGACAUGCUGCACUGUGAAGCCCAGAACAAGAUAAAAGAGGCCAGGAACCAGCUCGGUCUUACUGUCGAAAGGAAUGACUCAAGACUGUGGUCCCCGCGAGCUGUGGAGGAUGGAAAAGUUCACCCAUAUAAAAUCAACCUGGAAGCAGAACACCAGGAAUAUAAACCUAUUGGCAUCGCUCACAACCGGAAAGCUCAGCCGUUUGUUGCAGCAGCGAACAUCGAUGACACGCAUCAGGUGGUCAGUUCAGCCUACAACACCCCCAUAGGCCUGUACUCGUCAGGCAACAUCCAGGACGCCAUGGAGGGCCAGAUCCGAGGCCUGGUUCUACCCAAGCCUGAGAGCCACAAGACUUUGACCAGUAUCAAGGAUUCUGACGUGUACCAGAUGUUGCAGAACGACCAGGAGGAGCCCCAGGAGCCUCGGCAGUCUGGCUCCUUCAGAGCCCUGCAGGAGUUUAUUGACAGUGAUGGCACUCGUCCCAUUGUGACCAGGACCGUAAAAGCUCCCACAACCAGGCCAACUCCGCCCACAGGAAACCUGCAGAAACUGCCCGUGUGCGACAAGUGUGGGAAUGGGAUUGUCGGGACGGUGGUGAAAGCACGAGACAAAUAUCGUCACCCUGGUUGCUUUGUGUGCUCCGACUGUGACGUCAACCUCAAACAGAAGGGCUAUUUCUUUGUGGAGGGGCAGCUGUACUGUGAGACUCACGCUCGCUCUAGAAUGAGACCACCGGAGGGACAUGACCUCAUCACAACUUUCCCUUCUGCAUAGAUAUCUAACAAACACCCAGACACGCAUACAAACAGUCACUCCUAUGUCCUACAUCUGUUCUAUGUGUUAGCUGCACUUAAAUCAGAUGUUGUCUCUGUGUAAAGUAAUAUUUCAAUAAGAAGAAUAGACUUUAAUUGCUGAAUGUAACAGUAUGAUGUUUUCUCCACCUGGUUGUUUAAAGAGCCCAGCAGCACUGACUACAAAGCACACUGAAACUGGCCACUUUCAUCUUGCCAGUUUCUACAUAAUUUAAUAGCUUAUAUUUCCAAUAAAGACCUCUGCUAAUAC